CAUCCACACACCGUACCAAGUGUGCCGUGGUCGAACUGUUUUGUACAAAGAAUCGCAGUUACUGUGGCUUCAAAGAUUGAAAUCGACCAAAUAUAGUUGUCAACAUCAUCUAGUUGCAUUGAGCCUCCAAGCAGUUUGUUUGCGUUUAUAUUUGGAAAUUCCCAACACAUUUGACGAAUAAUCAGUAAGAGUUAGAAUAUAGAAUACUCUUGGCAACGCUGAAUUAUCAGUCUUGCUGGGCCGGGCUUGGGGAAACAUCAUCAGACAAUCGAGGCCACGCCGGUGCUGCCGCUGAGCUAACAUACGGCGAACCCGGCAACUAGGCUACAGCACACCAGCUUAGCAUUGCCAGUUAGUGAAUAGCGAUAGGUAUGGCCUCUGCGAAAGAUACGGCUACGUUCUUUACUCACGGCACCUGUCAACAUUUCGAGCAGGUCCUCAAGUUAUAUCCACAAGCCCUUCGAUUGAAAGCUGAUAGAAAAGCCAAAAAGCCAGAGGAACUGAUUAAAUUAGACAAUUGGUACCAGAAUGAACUACCGAAAAGGAUCAAAAGUCGUGGCAAAGAUGCCCACUUAGUACACGAGGAGUUGGUACAAUGCAUGAAAUGGAAACAGACCAGGGGGAAGUUCUUCCCCCAAUUAUCGUAUUUGGUAAAGGUUAACACCCCUAGAGCUGUUAUGGCAGAAACGAAGAGAGCCUUUAGAAAAUUGCCCAAUCUUGAAUUGGCGAUGUCGGCCCUCUCAAAUUUGAAAGGAGUCGGUACCACGAUGGCCUCAGCAUUACUGGCGGCUGCUUGUCCAGAUAGCGCCCCCUUUAUGGCAGAUGAAUGUCUGAUGGCCAUACCAGACAUCGAAGGUAUUGAUUACACCACCAAGGAGUACCUGAAAUUCGCCAACCACAUCAAAUCCGUCGCCGAAAGAUUAAACAAGGCUGCAGAAGAGUCGCAAAGGUCAGAUGCUGUACGUUGGUCGCCACACAAGGUCGAGUUAGCUCUUUGGACACACUAUGUUGUCUCCGAACACAAACCAGAGUUGCUCUCUAGUAUUUUCGCAGGUAGUCCUCUAGAAAAUGGAAACGCUGUUCCAAAACCAGUAGUUCAUCAAAAUGGUGACUCAAUAGAUCCUGCGACAUCUGAUGAGAGUAAUCAAGGUCCACUGAACGGCAAAACUAUUCUAGAUGAAGACACCACUACCACCUCGUUCACAGAUAACAGCCCGCCAUCUUUGGACCAAAACGAAGAGACCAAUGACAGUGUUGUUUCUGGAUCAGAAGAAUUAAGCAAGGAUUCUCUAGGCUCGACAGAAGACUCCAACAGUAUUGGUGAAACUAUCAAACGGCCGUAUGAAGACAAUUCCAUCCAGCCGUCAAGCAAAAAAAUACGAGAGGAUGUAGAAGCGAAGUGACAAAUACGUAAUUACCUAUAAUAAUUUUUUACUUUUAUUUUAAGAAUAGGAUCUAUACACACAUUGUAAGUUACAUUAUUUAACUUUUCCUUUAAAUUUCGUGAGUGUUACUAUGCAAGUAUGUUUUCAUUUUCGAAAAAUUCAUUAUUGAUGUUUCAGAUACUUAAAAAUAAAUAACUAGAAGAAAUACGCCGAAAUCUAAACAGUAAAUGUUCAUUUUGUAACAAAAAAAGUAUAAAAUUAUUCACUGUUCAAUAAUCACACAAGAAAAAUCUUUUAUUUUCUAAAAGUUA